CACGUCAGUAAAAUUAACUGGAUCCCUUUCAAAAGAGUAGAUUUAAACUGGACAGUGGUUCUUAUAAAGACUGCUACUUUGAGCUUAAAGUUCUCUUCCCAUGUGACAAGAAAGAAGGAAAUUCCACACCCAUUUCCUCUCUCUCCCUCUUUUAUGCAGAUCUUGAGUUAAAAAAGUCAGGAAAUUUAAACAUCAGAUUUUACAUCAGCGCAAAUCUGCCUGGAAUGGAUUCAUCACUCGCUGGAUCCAUUACGAAGCUCUCCACUUUCACCAUCUUGCUUCUCUUCUUUCUUUCCUCUUUCACUUUCACUCCUUCAGAAGCUUAUGAUGCUCUUGAUCCAAAUGGGAAUAUCACUAUCAAAUGGGAUGUAAUGAGCUGGACUCCAGAUGGCUAUGUUGCAGUUGUUACGAUGUAUAAUUUCCAGCAAUAUCGCCACAUUCAAGCUCCAGGUUGGACAUUGGGGUGGACAUGGGCAAAAAAAGAAGUAAUAUGGAGCAUGGUGGGGGCCCAAACCACAGAGCAAGGGGAUUGUUCAAAAUUCAAAGGAAAUGUCCCACAUUGCUGUAAGAAGGAUCCAACUGUUGUUGAUUUAUUGCCAGGAACUCCUUACAACCAACAGAUUGCUAAUUGCUGUAAAGGAGGAGUAAUAAACUCAUGGGCACAGGACCCUGCUACUGCAGUAAGCUCCUUCCAAGUUAGUGUAGGUGCUGCUGGAACCUCUAACAAAACAGUUAGAUUACCAAAGAACUUCACCUUGAAAGCACCUGGGCCUGGAUACACAUGUGGACCAGCAAAGAUUGUGAGACCAACCAAAUUUGUAACUCCAGAUAAGAGGAGAGUCACUCAAGCUUUGAUGACCUGGAAUGUUACUUGUACAUAUUCACAAUUUCUGGCUCAAAAGACACCCACCUGUUGUGUUUCUCUGUCUUCCUUCUAUAAUGACACAAUAGUAGGCUGCCCAACAUGUGCUUGCGGCUGUCAAAAUAGCACAGCAGGACCUGGGACUUGUGUGGAUCCAGACGCUCCGCAUUUAGCUUCUGUGGUUGCUCCAACAAAAUCUGACAACACUCCUUUGGUCCAGUGUACAAGCCAUAUGUGCCCAAUUCGAGUCCAUUGGCAUGUUAAGAUCAAUUACAAGGAGUACUGGAGGGUUAAGGUUUCAGUCACAAAUUUCAAUUACAGAAUGAACUAUACGCAAUGGAAUCUAGUUGUGCAGCACCCCAACUUUGAUAACCUCACCCAGAUCUUCAGCUUUCAUUACAAGCCAUUAACUCCUUAUGAUGGAUUAAAUGAUACAGCCAUGUUAUGGGGAGUCAAGUUCUACAAUGAUUUUCUCUCACAAGCUGGCCCUCUUGGGAAUGUACAGUCAGAGCUGCUUUUCCGAAAGGACAAAUCAACUUUCACUUUUGAAAAGGGAUGGGCUUUCCCCAGGAGGAUUUACUUUAAUGGGGAUAAUUGUGUCAUGCCACCUCCAGAUGCCUACCCAUGGUUGCCAAAUGACAGUUCCAGAACCAUUUUCUCAUUGUUUCUUCCCCUCAUGGCAUUCUUGGUGUAUAUUGUCUUCUUCUCCAAUUACGUAUGAUUAAUCAUGCCUGAAACAAACUGCUGGAGCUCUUUGUUUUCUAGCAAUCUAUAAGCCUGACAUACCACGACCUACACUGGAAAGUAAGGAAAUCCGGCCUGCAAACUCAAAUGUGUCAAGUUCUGCAAAUUAAUGCAAUAUAAGGUGGUGGUGCUUCAGGUGCAGUGUGGCCUGUUAAUAGAUGUCAGCAGGGGUUCUCAGUUCAUGGAUUGGCAGUAAAACUUCUACAAUUUUUGUCCGAGUUAUAGCUGGUCUUCUGUACUUUUAUUUAUCUGAUAACUAAACUGUAUUUAUGUUUCUUCUAUAUGAUUAUUUAUGCUAUACACGCCAUUACUUUGUUAGUAGUAUAUUCACAGCUUUUAUGUUCGUAUCAUUGUAAUAAGCAACAUCUGAUGACUUAUAGUUAAUUCUUGGAUUUGUUUCA